AUGUUUGGUUGUGAGUACACCGAAUCUGGUUCAGUGAGACGCAUCUGAUAUCGUUUGUAGCAAACGAGAUCUUCGCGCCAGACGAAGCAGGCCUUGAAUUUCUCUUCUCGCCUCACGGCGUUUGGUCUGGCGACUCGAUGUUCCCCCAAACCAACUGCAUACCUGAGAUUAUCGAACCCAUGCCUUUCAGCCCAUACGACACCCCGAUCACGUACAACCACGAUACAUUCAGGACUGCACAAUCUGUUCCCAGACCAAUGGAAGACUCAAGGCCCUGCGUUGUGGCAGGUCAAAAGCGGAAGAGAUCGAGCACAAGCAAAGCUCCUAGCAAGAAGCAGCCGGUAUUCCUCUCGACAGGACGUGCACUCAUUACGUUGCUUUUGAACUAAAGGUGGCAUUACAGAGAAUGGAGAAUAGCCCACGAUGUGGUCCGCGGGAAGGCUCAGGCGAUGCUCCUUGCAAUCCUCCCAGCACCAGAGCUCACUACGCCGUCGGUAAGUUAUCGAUCUUCGACGUAUCAAUCAGGCAUGACGCCCGCUAAAGCUCUUACCCUCCAGAAAAGCGAUACCGCUCAACACUGAACGAUCGAUACGCGACUCUGGCACGCCUCGUGUCCCAGCCCGAGACUCAGGAGAUCUGCAGAACGAUAUGCAAGGACUGGGAAGUGCCAUCGAAGCUCGACAGCAGUACUUGCUCCGGUAAAGACAAGGACCCGACGAAGCGCCAGAGCAAAACGACGACGCUCUCCGUGGCUAUCGAGACGAUUGCAACGCUGGAUCAAUGUUGCACACAGAAGGCCAAGGAGCUACAAUUCCUACUACAGCGACUCAAGGGCAUCGCCCAUUCGGUACCGGCUACCUCCGACGGACGUCCGGGACUCACGGAGACGCUGCGCUGA